AUGCCUUAUCCAAUGCCGAGACCUAUCCCGACAAGCUCCUCAACCGCACGAGAGCGAGGAGAUCAUGUUUUUACUGGUAGCCCGGGUGCUGGACCACGAUCUGUAUCCCCGGUGAGAAACACGGGCAUGAGAAGGAGAUCAUCAACCUUCAAGAACGCACUGUUUUCCAUACUCGGCAGCAGCAAUUCAGCGGUACAGGAAGAAUCGUCUAAUCUGCCGAAAAACCAUUCUACCGGGAGUAUAAGUGGUGGAGGUUCCACGAGAAGGGGAAGUUUAGCAGUUCCUGAAGCCACUGCAUGUUCAAAAUCGAGAAGUCAGCGGGAUUAUGCUAUGCCCGCUGCCGAUGGAGAAGAGAUGGCUGUCUCCUUUUCGUUUCAAGGAUCUGAUGUAGGUCCUGACGAAUAUAUUCCUCGUUCUGCUACGACGACUUCCUCAAUGACAAGUCGCUCUGCUGGUUCACAGUCUCUGCAGUCGUUUGGGAAAGAAUUCUUAACACAGUAUCUCACCGACAGGGGUCUGCUCCUGUCAAGAGUCAUAUCUGAGACUCCCGAUCUUCGACUGACUGUCGCAACUAGCGGAGAUCAUGUCUUUUUACCGACGAUGUCGUCGAACGAUGACGAGUAUUUAGCCAGGUUGAACGGGUUGCGCGGGGAAGAGGAGGCUAUGGAGAUAGAGCCUGAGUUUUCGUUAGAUAGACCCUCGAGCGACGUUCCGACUGGGGCGGAAUCACAGUUACGGGAGUCAUUAGAAUCGGAACUGGCUAAUGAAGAGAGUGCCAUAAGCGACGAUGAUUCAGAUCUUUCAGAAGAUGGUAAUGGAGAAUCUGGUGUCGAUUACGCGGACAAUCAAGGUCAACGUGCUAAAAACUCGGCGACUGCGUCACCUGUCACACCUACAUUCGAAAUCGAUAGUUCAAUGGCUACCUACACAAUAGCUGUCGUAUUGAGUUUGAAUAAACAAACUACACUAUCCAAUAUCAAAGGUGAAUUGUGUUUACGAGUUAGAGUACAUUGGCACAACGGUGUGCCUCCGACCAAGUCAUUCUAUGAGGAAUUUUACUGUGCUGGAUCAAUGGAAUGGGAUUUAAAUCCUGAGAAUGCAAACCUUUUUGUACCUCAGAAUGUCUCAUCGGAAGAGAGAAUUAUAGAGAACAAUAGAAACCUUAGACCGAUGAGACUUUUCAAGAAUAUAUCGGAUGAGAACAGGUUCUAUUUAGACAAAAACAAAACAAGAACCGAACUUUUAAAGAAAGUGAACCUCCGCAAAACGCAAGUUUUCCAAGCUGGUGAUUACGUAUUUAUCAUACCAGUUGUUUUCUCAAAUCACAUUCCUGAGUCACUGUAUCUACCAUCAGCUCGUGUUAACUACAGAUUCCGUGUUGCGACAAAGAUUGCGCAUGUUGAAGGACAGGAGUCCUCGACAGGAAAUAACCAGGAGGAACCGUCGGAGCCAAUAAAGAUACAAGAAACCGAUCACACAACUCAUAGAAGGUUCAGUAACUCAAUUUUGAAAAAGAUAAAAAAUAAUCUGCACAUAACAAAUCCAGUACAGAAUAAGGUUUAUGAUGAGACCAAAGAAAUUUAUGCAGAAUAUCCACUCGAUGUGGUGCGAACUCCACCUCUGGUAUCCAUCUCAACUGCGAACAAGCCUGUCUACAUAAAUCGUGUGUGGGCUAACUCGUUGUCAUACGAGAUUUCAUUUGCCCAGAAAUACGUUUCUCUCGGAAGCAAAGUGCCCGUUAAGAUCAAGCUAGCACCAAUGAGCAAAAACGUGUGCCUGAAAAGGCUGAAGAUAAGCCUAGUCGAAAAAAUCACAUUUGUGAGCAAAAAUUAUGAGUAUGAAUACGAUCAGAUUGAUCCCGUCGCUAAGGAUCCAUAUAAUCCUUAUUUCAGUGACUUCUCCUCAAAGAGGAAGAAAGAGCGUACUGUUUCGCUCUUAGAGGUGAGAUCAAGCGAAAAGGGCUCUCGUGCUCUUAGAGAGGAAAUAGUGCAGAACUGUGUUGAUGAAAAUUUGCUAGCCUAUAGUUCGGCUGAGGGCGAUAAUGGACAGCCAAGCAUAGGUAUUACGGAGCCGCUUAUGAUUGAAACAACUUUGGAAUUCCCAAAAUAUGAGGAUCUCAACAAGAAGACAGCUAGAACAGUACCGCCCUACGGUAUUGACAUUUACACUAGCGUACCCAACCCUGAGAUCGGAUCGCAAGCGGGUGGAAGUCACCGAAGUGGUGUGAUAGGCUUCCUUGCCAAUCGAAAAAACUCACUAGCGUCACAAGUAAAAGGAACUUCUGAUGUAAGCCAACCAGUACAAGCCCAGCCAAUAGUUGAUGAGAAAUUCCAUGAGACCAAGAUACGGACUAACGCUGGAAUUCCAGUCCAAUUUCAUACUAAUCUGAAUGUGGCGAAACGAGGUCUGUACUUGAGUAGCUUACAUUUCAGCAAUAUUUAUAGUAAGCACAAGUUGGAAUUCAUGCUCCGGAUUAGCAAACCAGAUGACAGGGAUCUCAAGAGAUUAAGACAUUAUGAAGUAUUGAUUGACACUCCCAUAUUCAUAGUCUCCGAGCUGUGUAACAGUGGUAACAUGGAUCUUCCUACCUAUGAUAUGGCUACGAACUCUCAAUUGGCUGGAGAGAUAGAUGUGGAGACUGCACCACCAACUUUUGAGGAAGCCAUUUCAGUCCCAAAUUCACCGGUACAAUCACCAGUCAUGUCACCAAUCGGUUCACCUAACGUACGUGCUAACUAUGAUCCCGAUGAGCUAUCCAUUCAGCAAAUAAACUUAUCGCGUAGCAAUUCUGCUGCUGGACCACCGGACUCGCAAGCAAUCAUUCCACCCCAAAUGACGCUAACCCAGUCGAUUGACCCCAGCCCAAGGUUCAACAACCUAGACAAGUUAUUAAGCACAACUCCCGGAGCUAGUGGAGCUGAUUUGAGCAGAUCUCCGAAUACGAGGAACUCUAACUUGGGCCUCACCAGCCAAUCGAACGGCCUAGAAGAACCAUCGCAAGCUUCAAUCAUCUUCAAGAAAGGUUAUUCUGUUUCAGCCAGGAACGCUGUACAGGGUGAUGUUAGCGAAGGAAGCUCCUCAGAAGGGCUUGACGGUGGUGUGUCGAUCAAUUCAUCGCCUCCAAGUUACGAUGAGGUUCGUCCCUUGAUGAGCGACGAAGAAUGA